UGUUAUGCUUUCAGAGCCCUGAGAUUUCUCUUCAGUAUGGAAAGGAAUCGGCAUAUCUUUAAAAGACUUUUCCCUACUGGCUUGUUUGAGAUCUUCAUUGAUAUUGGACAUUAUGUGCGUGAUAUCAGUGCUUAUGAAGAGUUGGUAUCAAAGUUAAAUUUAUUAAAGGAGGAUGAAUUGAAGCAAAUUGCUGAAAAUAUUGAGAGCAUGAAUCAGAACAAGGCACCCACAAAGCACAUAGGCAAUUAUGCAAUUUUAGAGCACCUUGGCAGCGGAGCUUUUGGAAGUGUAUAUAAGGUUAGAAAGCAUAAUGGACAAAAUCUCCUUGCAAUGAAAGAAGUCAAUUUACACAAUCCAGCAUUUGGAAAGUGCAAAAAAGACAGAGACAGUAGGGUAAAGAACAUUGUCUCUGAAUUAACCAUCAUCAGAGAGCAGCUUUAUCAUCCAAAUGUUGUACGAUAUUACAGAACCUUCUUGGAAAAUGACAGAUUGUACAUAGUCAUGGAGCUCAUAGAGGGAGUGCCAUUGGGACAACACUUACACUCCUUGAAGGAAAAGCAACAAUAUUUUACAGAAGAAAGAAUAUGGCAUAUAUUUAUCCAGCUUUGUCUAGCUCUUCGUUAUUUGCAUAAAGAGAAAAGGAUUGUUCAUCGAGAUCUCACUCCGAACAAUGUCAUGCUGGGGGAUAAAGACAAGGUUACAAUUACUGACUUUGGGCUUGCAAAGCAAAAGCAAGAAAACAGCAAACUUGCAUCAGUAGUGGGAACCAUUCUAUACUCAUGCCCUGAAGUUGUAAAGAGUGAGCCAUAUGGGGAGAAGGCUGAUGUCUGGGCUGCAGGAUGCAUCCUUUAUCAGAUGGCAACUCUGAACCCACCGUUUUACAGCACCAAUAUGCUGUCCUUGGCAACUAAGAUAGUAGGGGCUGUGUAUGAACCUGUGCCAGAAGGACAGUACUCUGAAAACGUGUCAUUUACCAUUAAGAGAUGCUUGACUCCUGAUGCAGAGGCACGUCCAGACAUAGUGGAGGUCAGCUCACUGCUGUCUGAUGUGAUGAUGAAAUACAUGGACGUUUUAUCCACCUCUCUUCUCAUGUCGGAGAAGAAACUGGAACGGGAGAGGAGACGAACCCAGAAGUACUUCAUGGAGGCUAACCGAAAUGCAGUAGUAACCUGCCACCAGCAGCUUUCCAUUUUAUCACAAAAAAAUUGCAAGAGGUUGAAUCUUCAUAGCAGCAGCGAUGGAGCAGCCAGUUGCAAAAGUCAGUUUUCAGAAAAUACCGACCUCCAAGCUGAAAGUUGUCAAUCUGUGUGUGGAAAAGAUGAGGGAAGAACGCAUGAAGAAAUCCUGGUAGAGGAUCACAGCACUUCAGAGAACUCUGGAAAAGAUAUGUUCUCUGAAUUAGAUGAUGAGCUGGAUGUUUUGGACAACUCGAGCAGCUCCAGUUCAAAUCAUCUGAAAGAGUCUACUAUUGGUAUAAUUAAACAAAGUUUUAAUGUUUCUGAAAGACAUCAUCAGAUUAGAGAUUAUAUUGAACAUCCAGGAUCAAGACUGCGACCAGCUUUACUGCCUUUUGAUCUGCUCCUGAGAGUGUCUCUGCUCAUGCUCAGGCCCCACUUUAAGAAAGUAGAGGAUUUGUAUGUGACACCGUGGCAGUCUCACAGUCUUGUAGUUGUAGUGUGUUGCAAUAUGAAAAAGCUUCAUCAGCAGUAUUUCUCUAUUGGUUCUUACGGCUUAUUCCAUGGAACACAAAUUAUUAUGUCUUUAUUUGGUUCACAAAAACGGAAGGUGCGUCAGAUCACUGACCCUGUUCAGCAGAUUCUUAUUCAGCUGCACAAAAUUAUCUUCAUCACUCAACUUCCUCCAGCUUUGCAAUGCAACUUGAAAAGGAGAAUCAUUGAGAGAUUCAAGAAGUCCCUCUUCAGUCAGCAGAGCAAUCCUUGUAACCUGAAAUCAGAAAUGAAAAAGCUGCUGCAAGGUUCUCCUGAAUUGAUUGAGCUCAACUUCUUCACAGCAGACUGGCAUGUGGUACUUCUCUCUUCAGGUGGAAAUAUGUUGUUUCCAGAUGAUAGAAAAGGUGGUGUUGGCAUUUCUGACAUAGCAGAAGGGAUGACGUAUGAACAGUUGCAGACUCUCAUUGAAGAGGUUCUAGAAGAAUGUGGCUAUUACAAUUUCUUUUCUAAUGG